AUGUCUACCCACGCGCGGCAAGAUGCGCCUAUUCCGGCACCCUCAUACCGCUCCAGCAACGAGUCCAAGCUGUUUGGCCGCAUAACUAAGAUAUGCUGCGUUGGUGCAGGAUACGUGGGAGGGCCGACUUCGGCAGUCAUGGCGAACGCGAAUCCCGACAUCCAGGUAACAGUAGUCGAUUACGACAGCAAGCGUAUUGCUGCAUGGCAAUCAGACGAACUCCCCAUAUACGAACCCGGCCUCAUGGAGAUGGUCAAACCAUCACGCGACGGUAUUCCAAACAAGAGGGCACCAAACCUCUUCUUCUCCACAGAUGUCGACCGCGGCAUUGCCGAAGCUGAACUCAUCUUGUUGAGUGUAAAUACCCCAACCAAGACACUGGGCCAAGGUGCAGGACAUGCGAGCGAACUGUCGUAUUUGGAGUCUGCUGUUCGAAAGAUAGGAGCUGUAGCGACGGACAAUAAGAUUAUUGUAGAGAAGAGCACUGUACCUUGCCGAGCAGCAGACACACUUCGAGACGUUCUGAGAGCAACAAGCAAACCUGGAGUAGAAUUUGAGAUAUUGUCGAACCCCGAGUUUUUGGCCGAAGGAACCGCCAUUCAAAAUCUCUCGAAUCCCGACCGCGUACUGAUCGGCUCUCUGAAGACACCCCAAGGACUGGCGGCUGCACGAGCCCUUGCCCAGAUCUACUCUGCUUGGGUCAGCGCGGAGCGUAUCAUCACGAUAAACCUAUUCAGUUCAGAGUUGGCAAAGUUGGCUGCAAAUGCUCUACUUGCUCAACGAAUCAGUAGUGUGAACGCAUUGGGUGCCAUGUGCGAAGCAGUAGGUGCAGAUAUCGAUGAGGUAUCCUACGCUGUCGGACUAGACAAGCGCAUUGGGUCUCGAAUGCUCAAAGCAUCGGUCGGGUUCGGUGGCUCUUGCUUUCGCAAAGACAUCUUAUCCUUGGCAUAUAUCGCGGAGUCACUGAACUUGUUCGAAGUCGCUGCCUACUGGCGAUCGGUAGUCGACAUCAAUGAGUACCAAAAGGACCGUUUUACCCGCCGUAUUGUGCGAUGCUUGUACAACUCGCUCUCGAAUAAGACACUUGCAAUCCUCGGCUUCGCGUACAAGAAAGACACAGGGGAUACCCGUGAAUCAGCAGCCAUCACAGUCGUCAACAACCUUCUCGCAGAGGGUGCGAAUGUCAGAAUCUACGAUCCCCAGGUCAAGGAAUCGCAAAUAAGGCACGAUAUCGAGAGCAGUAACCCACACCCGCAAAGCAUCAAAGGCAGGCUCGCCGUCUGUUCUUCGACCUAUGACGCGUGUACGGACGCCGACGCCGUGGUUAUAUUGACGGAGUGGGACGAAUUUAGCAACAAGAGCAGUUCUGCACAUGUCCGUGGAGACUUGGUACGUAGUGGCGACGUGGAUGCAAUGCGCAAAGAGAUAUCAUGGAAGCGCAUCUCGCAAGUGAUGCGACGGCCCAUGUACGUGUUCGACGGGCGUAAUGUCGUCGACCCUGUGCCUCUGGAGGCAUUGGGCUUCCGAUACGAAGGCAUCGGUAAAUCGAGGGAGUUGUAG